AUGUCAAGAUCCAUCAAAGAGUUCAGUCUUCACUACGACCCGAUUAAUGAAAGCAAUACUUUUACUACUGGAGAUAUUGUGGAGGGGCGAGUUGUUUUAGAAGUAACCAAAGAAAUAAAGGUGGACAGUUUUUUUGUGAAGUUGAGGGGGGAUGCAAAUGUGCGCUGGACUGAAGGCUCAGGUGAUGACGAAACAACCUAUAGCGACCAUGAGAGAUACUUCAAACUAAAGCAAUACUUCAUUCAAAAGAGCUCGAAGAAAGGAAAAAGGGAAAAGAAUGCAACUCUUGUAGAAGGAGAAACGUAUGGACCAGUGAUUAGGCCAGGAAGUCAUGUUUUCCCAUUCAGAUUUCAGCUGCCUCAACAAAAUAUGCCUCCAUCUUUUGAAGGAAAUCAUGGCUGGGUGAAGUAUGUCUUGAUGGUAAAGCUGAGCAGACGUUGGAAACCAACAUCUACUAAAUAUACGGAAUUAACCUUUGUGCUGAGAAAUGAUGGGUCCAAUGAUCACUUGCUGCAACCACAAUCUGGCACACAAGACAAGAAGAUGAAACUUUUUGGCUCAGGAAAAAUGUCAAUGACGGUGACAUCUGAAAAAACUGGCUAUAUGCAAGGUGAAAUGAUCAGAGUUUUUGUCGAUAUUGACAACUCUUCAUCUCGUGAUGUCAGGCUGAAGUACAGCCUCAAGCAGCAACAGACGUUCAUCGCUGGCAGGAGCAUUAAUGCAGGAGUCAAGUAUAUAAUCAAAGAGACUAGAGAUCGCAUCCCAUCUGGAGAAAAGUCAAAAUGCAUAGUGGACAUGAUGCUUCCACGUGACCUGACUGUCACCAUUGAAAACUGCAGAAUCAUAAAAGUGCAGUACCAACUCAAGAUCUCUCUGGACGUGUCUUUUGCAUUAAAUCCAGCGGUUAUAUUUCCUGUGGUAAUUCUUCCAACUGAUCAACAGUGUCCUCCCUGGCAAGGCCCACCUGGAGGAUUCCAGUCAUAUUUACCACCUCAGCCUAGCCUUAUGCCUUAUCCUGGUGAACUACCUCCUACAACUUCAGGGCUUUACCCCAAUCUGUACACCCCUUCAGUGCUGCCCCAUCCAGGAGCUGCUGCAGGGGUCUAUCCAAAUCCAAAUCUGAAUGCUGUCCAGUCUGGUUUCCAUCCGGCUCCUUUUGCACCAGUUUAUGAUCCAAAUCAAAGCAUAGUCUCCUUCACCAGCUAAAGCUCUGACCACCUUACAUGUUGUGUCAGUGA